AGAAAAUAUUGACAACAGUUCGAUUUUUGACAGUGACCGUGUAAGAAUAAAAAAGGCGAAACGUGCAUAAAUUGUUUUAUUUUUCUCGAUUAACAUUCUCCAAUAAUAACUACUAAUAGUUUUUUUGUAUUAAACUUAUUUAAAUAGCAGAACACACGCUGCCAACAAUGGUAUUGAACGGCUACGAUAAUGGCAACACGAAGCCAAAUGGACAACAAAGCUCAUCUGAUAUUAAACCAACUUAUGCCCUGGAGCAUUUGGCAACAUUUAAAAUAAAAAAUGAAGCCGAAAUUAGAAGACCAAAGGAUAAAUUGAAAACGCUUGUGGAAUUGGACAAAACCGGUGGCGUCUGGCCAAUGAAAAUGUACAUGUGUUUUAGUGGACAAUGGCUUGUUAUGUUGGACAGCGACAUGAAAGAAAUUGAAAAUUUUCCUGGAGCCCUAAUAACAGAACCUACAGCUUUCAUAAGUGAAGAUCCAAUGGAAAUCUACAAUAAUAUUUUGAUAUUUACCGUGCCAGGUAUUUCACUUGGAAAUGCUGAAAUGCACGUUUUCCAGGUGAGUGAUGUUUCUGCAGUUCACAUGGUUGAGGAUUUAAGGACUCUUAGUACGGGCAAAAUGGUAACCAUAGAUCGCAACAAGACGCCUAUUAAAUUGCCAAAAGCAGACAAAUCAAUGCAACCUGUUAGGGAUCAAUAUGGCAUUGCUGUUGCGGCGGCCGAAGUGGCAGCGGAAAAAAAUGCCCAUGACCAAGAGCAAAUAGCUAAAGAUAUACAAGUUUUAAAUCAUUGUUUCGAGGACAUUGAACGUUUUGUUGUUCGCCUGCAAUAUGCUGUGGAAGCAUUGCGUGAACUAGAUCUUCGCAAAAAUGAACACAACAGCCAUGGAGAGGGUCUUCUCGUAACCCGCUCUCGUCCACCCACCGAAAGCGAAUUUAUAGAUAUUUUGGCAAAACACAAAUUGGCCUUCAACUAUGUUACCAAAUUGGAAAACCACUUUCAAGACCCUUCCGAGCCCAUACACAAUUCGUUUGUUUCUCUGCAAACAAUUGUUAAUGUGUGCAACGAUGUUUAUAUCGGUGCGAAAAUUGUAGAAAACGUUGUCGAUCCAUUGUUAAGACGCGAAACGGUUACAUUCCUCAAUGCACAUUUGAACGAUAGAGAAUUGGAAUUUUGGAAAUCGCUAGGACCAAAUUGGACUCAAUCCAAGGAUCAGUUUAGCAAUCACAAGAGUGCAUAUCAUCCUACAUUUUACGAUGAGUGGUCACCCGAUUGGGUUGUAGACGAGGAAGUAGCAUUCAUUCCACCACCAACUACAUACACACAAUCCACAAACGGUUCCGGAUCUCCAGGCCUUGGCUACAACGCAACAUGGUUGACACGUUUGCAGUCGAGAAAUGUCAAGAUUGCCGAAGUCAUCUAUAACAAAGUCGCCAACAAUGAUAAAGAAUUGAACGUCACGAAAGGUGAACAUCUUGAGAUAAUCGAUGAUUCACGCAACUGGUGGAAGGCACGCAAUGCUGCUGGAAAUAUUGGCUAUGUACCACACACUAUUUUGUCUCCGAUGAAUUUUGAUCAACACUCUAGUUAUGUAGGCCGUGACACUGAUUCCUUAAGUUCAUCUGUUUUUGAACACGAUCAUCAACAAAAUGCCAACAAUCGCAAUACUUUAAGUACGUAUGUUGCCCCAUCCGAGCGAGAUGCGCCAUUGCAACAAGCUAAUCCUGCCAGAACAUCGAUGCCAAGAUCUUAUAGUAUGCCAAAUGUGCCGAUACCACCACCAAUGCCCCCACCAUCGGAUCCAAAUACUCCAAGUGGAACAUUGAAACGUAACAUGGCCGUAACUGGCACUAUGGCAGCUAUGCGAGCCCGUAAUGAUUGUGAUACCGAUGAUGAAGCUCUGAUGCUACAAAGUACAAUAAAUGAUGAGUUAAAAUUUACUCUAAUGCAGCGAGAAAAACGCAAAGAUUUGGAAAUUCUUAAAACUCCUCUAAUUUACAUCAAUCAACAUUCCAGCCCUAGAGAAGUAGACGAAUGGUUGCGCGGAAAGGGUUUCUCAGAUGUUAUCGUUAAAAAACUUCAUGGCCUUAAUGGUGAGGAAUUAUUUGCCCUAUCGCCCCAUGUCAUAGAAGGAUAUUUUGGCCAAAAAGAAAGCCGUCGUCUAAUAUCACAAAUAGUUUUGCAGAAAAAUAUCUGUGAGUACAAAACGAUUCGUUCAUCUGAACUGUCGGCCAAAUUGGCAAAAGCUAGACAAAAAGCUGAUAAUAAGGGUUUCGAUCCAAAUGAAGUAUUUUAAUUUGUUCUUAAACAAACACAUUUUCAAAAAAAUAAACCAUGGAUUAUUUAAUAAUUAUUUUACUUAUAAUUUCAUAUCAUUUUAAAGUCUAUUCUUGUAUUUGCUUAAAUAAAAAUUAUUAUCUUUGAAUUGCCCUGUUUUAUGCACAUACUUACACUGUAAUAACAUUUUCAUUACGGUAAUUGAAUAUAUUAACCGAACGGUUCAGUUGAAUCCAUUAAGUAAAAGUUCUCCAAAUCAGACCUGGAAAAUGUCAUUCCGAAUUACAUAAAUUAAUAUGUAUUCAUCAUGUAUUCUCUGUGUAUGUAUGCGAAAUUUUACUGGGUUUACUAUUAAUUUAAUUCUAUUUAUUUAAUAAUUUGUACUGAUUUUAUUUCAUAAUUAAAAUAAAAUAUAAAGUUAUUUUAAAAUAA